GGCCGAUCGGCUGGAUGGAUAAUUUGCCAUAUAACGACGCUUGCGGGCUGACUUCGGUGUUAGUCGCUAAUUGAGAUCCACACGGGACACGGGAAUUUUAGACAACCCCGAGACGCAAUCGUUCCGCGCACUUCUGAUAAAAUUCGAUGGCUUGCUGAAAGAAUCUGCGCCUCAAGCUGAGCUGUGAUAUAAAUCUCCAUCUUCCAUUUAAAUAGAACUCGCAAUUGCACCAAAAAUAGUCGGCUUCAAUUGUUCGCGAUUGUGCGUCUUUGAAAAAUGCAUUCCUUCGCAUUAUUCGGAAUUUUAUGUGGCGGCCUGAUGGCAGUUACUUGGGCGGCAGUCACCACUCAGCCACCCCCUCUAAUUCGAACCCUAAGUGCUAGAGGGGAUAUAGGACCAAGGUUCAAUGUCGAAAAACCCAAGGAACCGGAAGAUGCGGAAUUCUGGCAUAAAAUGGGCUUGAGGCAGUUGGAAAAAACCAUUAGGCAAGCGCAGCGGGUGAAGGAGAGCUCCUACCAGAAAAAGGCCCGCAAUAUUAUCGUAUUUAUUGGAGACGGCAUGGGUGUAUCGACGAUCAGUGCCGGUCGCAUCUACAAGGGGCAGUACUUGAAGCACGGUCAUGGCGAGGAGGAGACUCUGGUCUUCGAUGACUUCCCGAACACUGGAAUGGCCAAGACCUACAAUGUGGACAAACAGGUUCCGGACUCGGCGGGUACGGCCACGGCGAUCUUCACGGGCUCUAAAACCCAUUACGGAGCCAUUGGAAUGGAUGCCACGCGUUCGAAGACGGAUGCCGAGCAAGGUCGCGUUCAAAGCGUCAUGGAGUGGGCCCAAAAGCUGGGCAAACGCACGGGAAUAGUCACCACCACUAGGAUCACCCAUGCCACGCCCGCCGCCACUUACGCCCAUAUUUACGACAGGAAUUGGGAAUGCGACACGGAGGUUCCCAAGGAAUCGGUGGGCAUUCAUGUGGAUAUCGCACGUCAGUUGGUGGAGAAUGCCCCCGGAAAUCGCUUUAAUGUGAUCCUGGGCGGAGGUAUGUCUCCAAUGGGUAUCCUCAAUGUGUCGGAGGUGCGGACAACCAAUUUCGAGGGACCCACGGAAACUAUUUGCAAGCGUGGUGAUAACAGGAAUCUUCCUGCCGAGUGGCUGGCCCAUCAUGCUAAUGAUUCAGUGCCUCCGGCUUUGGUGCACAACCGCAGGGAUCUCCUCAAAGUGGAUGUUAAGAAUGUAGAUCAUUUAAUGGGUCUGUUUCGGAACAAUCACAUUACCUACUCCAUAGCCAGGGAGGAAGGGGAACCUUCCCUGCAAGAGAUGACAGAGACGGCCUUGGGAGUCCUGGAAAGAGGUGACAAGUCCAAAGGAUAUGUGCUCCUCGUGGAAGGAGGCCGCAUUGAUCAGGGCCACCACAUGAACUAUGCCCGCGCUGCCCUCCAUGAGGUCUACGAAUUCGAUUUGGCCAUUCAAGCAGCUGUGAAUGCUACUGAUCCCGAGAAAACGUUGAUUUUGGUAACGGCCGAUCACUCCCAUGCGGUAACCUUUAAUGGCUAUGCCCCUCGUGGAGCUGACAUUUUGGGGGCAGCCAACUCGCAUGAGAAAAAUGAUCCCAUGGUCUACGAAACCAUAUCGUAUGCCAAUGGGCCUGGCUAUUGGGAUCAUUUGGCCAAUGACUCAAUGCCGAAGCAAAGCUCAAACUUCUGGAAGUCAUUGAAGCAGUUUACGGAGAAGGAGCGCACUGCUCCCACCUAUCGCCAUUUGGCAACGGUGCCCAGAAAGGACGAAACCCAUGGCGGCGAGGAUGUGGCAGUCUUUGCCUCUGGUCCUGGCUCCAGUUUGAUUCGUGGCGUCUUCGAGCAGAACUACCUGGCCUAUGUGAUGAGCUAUGCGGGCUGUUUGGGUCCAGCCAAGAAUUUCGAUGACACGUGUAAACCGCAAAAUGCCAAAAGUAGUGCCACCAGUAUGUCAGCCACUUUGAUUUCCGUUUUGGCUGCUGCCUCAGCGGCUUUUCUUCGCGGUCGCAUGCUGUAAUAAAAGUUUGUUUUUAUUGUAUUAAAUUUAACUCAAGAUUUUAGUCUUACGAAUUGUUGAAUGUGAAAGAGUGUGAAGAAGGAGUGAUCGUUGAUAUUUACUGAAUAGAAAAAUUUAAAAACUUA